UUGUAGGAGAUGAGCAACAGGCUGUGUACCCCUGCUGAGUUUAACAACGAUCGGGAGUAAACCUGUAUUUCGUUGGUUAACAAUGCUAGUGUAAAUCCGUUAAUGUGUGGGUGCGUUACGUUUUUGUUCAACUGGGGGUUGACAGCAGAAAAUACCUGCAUAUACGUUAUUUUUUUAUAGAAUAACCAGAUUUGUUCGAGACCUUGGCAUGGAUGAGGUACGGCCUACCAGUGGUGCUCAAGCCCACGGGAUGGUGCCUCUGUUCCCCCCUGGACUGCAGGCUAUCUACGGGGAAUGCCGGCGACUUUACCCCGAGCAGGCCAACCCGCUUCAAGUUACAGCCAUUGUAAAAUAUUGGUUAGGGGGACCAGAUCCGUUAGACUACAUCAGUAUGUAUAGGAGUUCGGGCUGUCCAGCUCAGGACAUCCAGGAGCAUUGGCACUAUGUCAGCUUUGGACUGAGUGACCUGUAUGGGGAUAAUAGGGUUCACGAAUUCACAGGGGCAGAUGGAACUAGUGGGUUUGGCUUUGAGCUCACCUUUAGACUCAAAAGAGAGGUGGGAGAAACGGCACCACCAACCUGGCCAGCUGAACUCAUGCAAGGCUUGGCUCGCUAUGUGUUCCAGUCAGAAAACACAUUUUGUAGUGGCGACCAUGUAUCGUGGCACAGCCCACUAGACAACAGUGAAUCUCGUAUUCAGCAUAUGUUGCUUACAGAGGACCCACAGAUGCACCCAAUCCACACGCCAUUUGGGUCAGUGAGCUUUCUCCAGAUUGUGGGUGUGUGUACAGAGGAGCUACAGGCGGCCCAACAGUGGAACGGCCAAGGCAUCCUGGAGCUGAUGCGUGGAAUCAGAGUAGCUGGUGGCCCCUGGCUGAUCACAGACAUGAGGAGAGGGGAGACCAUUUUUGACAUUGAUCCACACCUACAAGAGAGAGUGGACCAGGGUAUCGAGACAGAGGGCUCUAACCUUAGUGGGGUCAGCGCCAAGUGCGUGUGGGAUGAUCUGAGUCGGCCGCCAGAGGAUGAGGAGGACAGCCGAUCCAUCUGCAUAGGAUCACAGCCACGGAGGCUCUCCGACAAAGACACAGAGCAGAUCAGGGAGACUCUGAGAAAAGGACUGGAGUUUAACAGCAAGGCAGCACUACCACCCAUCAGCAGCCAGAGACAGAGCCACGAUAGACCUCAGAGUCGGAAGGACAGUUUGGAGAGUGAGAGUUCAGCAGCCAUUGUUCCUCAUGAGUUGGUUCGAACACGACAGUUGGAGAGUGUCCAUCUGAAAUUCAACCAGGAGUCAGGCACACUGCUGCCCCUCUGCCUGCGAGGCCGUUUGCUUCACGGGAGACACUUCACUUACAAAAGUAUUAAUGGAGAUACAGCCAUUACAUUUGUGUCUACGGGAGUUGAAGGAGCUUUUGCUACUGAAGAGCAUCCAUAUGCAGCCCAUGGCCCCUGGCUUCAGAUAUUGCUGACUGAAGAGUUUGUGGAGCAGAUGAUUGGGGAUUUACAGGAACUUAACACUCGUGAGGAGACAAAGUUACCAAAGGAGUACAGUUGGCCAGAAAAGAAGCUGAAGAUCUCUGUACUACCAGACUCUGUGUUUGAUAAUCCACUGCAAUGAGACACCUAAUCACAAGGAAAAUACAAACAAAAACACCUGCAGAUACACUUCCAGAGUGGACCAUCAUGAACAGGAGACCUCCCAUGACACGCAGCGACCCUGAGCUGUCAGGGCGCACAGAUAUGUUGUUACCACAGUGGACGGCCAGAGACUCCUGAAAAUGAUCUGAGGGAUGAUCUCAACACUUUUGACUGUUGCUGCAAUUUCAGCCUAGCCUGACUGUUUACAACAUUUCUCUGAGGCUUGAAUGCUUUUGAGUAAGUCAAAUCAGCCUGGAACCAGCCUGUCUAGAUGGUCGACCUGUAAGAACAAUCAUUAUAGGUGACACACUAGCUGCAGGGCAAAACAGGAUGUUGUCAUUUCUCCAGUAAUGCAUGCCAAGGUCUGAGGUCCAGUUGAGCACACAUCCUGUGAUCACCAGACUUAAUGUCCACAGUGAUAACUGGGUUACUGUUGAGUUCUAUUUAUUCCAUUGGCUUUAGAAAGGACGGGAAAGUCCUGUUGGACCUUUUCAUCAGUGGUUUUUUUUCAGUUGCGCUCAUGUGUAUAGUAUUUACAAAUGCUGGACAUUUUUCUCUUAUGUGUGGUCAUACCAAAGUUUUAACUUUUGGCAGUCUGCUGCCAGUACUGCCUCUGUCUGAAAUGAUUCUGUAGUAACCACAUGACGGGGAGAACUGUGAUUAACUAAUAGUCACUUCCUGUUAGUCUGAUGUUAUAAAACAAGCCUCUGUUUUCUUAGUAUCUGGCAAAUGCUGCAGGUAUAACCACACUCUCUCCCCUGUACCAACAACACGAAUCCUGUAUUGAGUAAUAUUUUUUUAAUGUGUCUUCUUGCAGUUUUGUCACACAUGAUGCUGUGUGUUUUAAAGUUAUGAAUUGAAAUACGUAAGGUCCAUUGUAAACGUUCAAGGACUGGGAAUGCGUGUUCAGUGUCCCCUCAAGUGUUGUUCCAAUGGCCACAUAAAUAUGAUUAUUAUAAAAGUUUUUUAACAGUAUGAAUGAUGUGCUUGAAAAUGAGUUGGAGUAAAAUUCCUCAGUGCCUUGAGUUGAAAAGGACCACGAAUUCUCUGUUGAUUCAAAAGCUGCCUACAGCUCCUGGUUUGUUAAGAGCUAUCACUUUGAAUCAAGGCUGCUGCGUUCGCUGUCUUUUUCUGAUACUGUCAUUGCAUUCCAUUUUAAUACCACAGCAGAGAACAGACUACUUUUACUACAGUGUCUUCUCACAAAAAUGUACUCUUCUACAUGGCACCCUAUUUUUGUUUGUCUUUAUUUUCAGAGCAACAAUUGUGAGGUUUAGGCAUCAUUGAUAUGGUAUUUUAUGUUAUUGACUAAACUGGCUGAUUGUAAUCCCAAGUGCAUUAAAGAGUGUAGGCAUUUACACAAAUAAAGCUGCAAAACUAAUCCAGAA